GUCUCCUGCUCCCUUCCUGGCCCACUAACUACAGCAAAGCCCUGGGUCCUGGGGAGAGUCCUGCCUGGCUAUCAAACUGGGCAUGCUCAGUGGAGGAGCAGGUCUGGCCCAGGCCACUGUUCUCGCCGCCGCUUUGAGCAGGGUGCGCCGCGAAUUUGAGCAGGACGCCGCCCGCCCCCCCUGCAGCUUGUGCUGCAGCAAGCUGGCCACCGGAGGGGGCGAACAAACCCAAACCUGUUGUUUGUCCCGUCACCAUUUAUCAACUCAGCACCACGAGGAAGUGAGGCACCCAACGCUCUCAUAAAGUUCAGCAUGCAGGAAGUUUGGGGAAAGCUGAGCGAUUAGUAAAGCUGCCAGGCCUGCGCUGGGUGAGCGCAGGCAGCGAGAGUGCAGGGCGACUCAGUGUCAGUCCCGGAGUGGAAACUGGAAUUUUUUCUUGGAGCGACACUGUUCCUAGGUCUCUAAUCCCAAAUGCACCGGUUCAUCUUCGUCUACACUCUAAUCUACUCAAACUUCUGCAUCUGUCGGGACACUUCUGCGACUCCGCAGAGCGCAUCCAUCAGAGCUUUGCGCAAUGCCAAUCUCAGGCGAGAUGGCAAGAGCAAGGACCCGAGUUCGAUCCCAGAGAGCAAUCACCUCACAGACUUGUACCGGAAAGAUGAAACCAUCCAGGUGACAGGAAACGGACACCUGCAGAGUCCCCGCUUCCCAAACAACUACCCUAGGAAUCUGCUUCUGACAUGGCGGCUCCAUUCCCAGGAAAAAACAAGGAUACAGCUCGCAUUUGACCAUCAGUUUGGAUUAGAAGAAGCAGAGAAUGAUAUCUGUAGGUAUGAUUUUGUGGAAGUUGAAGAUAUAUCUGAAAUAAGUACCAUUAUUAGAGGAAGAUGGUGUGGACACAAGGAAGUUCCUCCAAGGAUAACUUCAAGAACAAACCAAAUUAAAAUAACAUUCAAGUCUGAUGACUACUUUGUGGCUAAACCUGGUUUCAAGAUACAUUAUUCUUUGCUGGAAGAUUUCCAACCUGCAGCAGCCUCUAAAACCAACUGGGAGUCAGUCACAAGUUCUACCUCAGGGGUAUCCUAUCACUAUCCAUCAGUAACUGAUCCCGCUCUCGCUGCCGAUGCUCUGGACAAAACAGUUGCAGAAUUUGAUACUGUGGAGGAUCUGCUCAAGCACUUCAAUCCAGAAUCAUGGCAAGAAGAUCUUGAGAAUCUGUAUUUGGACACCCCCUAUUAUCGAGGCAGGUCGUACCAUGAUCGAAAGUCAAAAGUUGACCUGGACAGGCUCAAUGAGGAUGUCAAGCGUUACAGUUGCACCCCCAGGAAUUACUCAGUCAACCUGAGAGAGGAGCUGAAGCUGACCAAUGCGGUCUUCUUUCCCCGCUGCCUCCUGGUGCAACGCUGUGGAGGAAAUUGUGGCUGUGGAAUUGCCAAUGGCAAGUCCUGCACAUGCAGCUCAGGGAAAACUGUGAAAAAGUACCAUGAGGUGUUAAAGUUUGAGCCUGGCCGUUCCAAAAAGAAGGGCAAAGCUAAGAACAUGGCUCUUGUUGACAUCCAGCUGGAUCACCAUGAACGAUGCAAUUGUAUCUGUGGUUCAAGACCACCUCGAUAAAACAGUAUGCACAUACUUAUAUUAAGCAUGAAAGAAAUUUCAGUUUAAGGAGGCUGUAGUAAGGGACACCCCCUACCCCGCCAAAACUGAACUUACUACUGUACUAACUUGCAAUACAAUGAAUGCAUGCGGGUCAGCCUAGAUUUGUUAGUGCCGUGGCACAUAGAAAGGUGCACCAUCAACUUCUAUGUCCAAGAAUAUAGGAUUGCAGAAGGGAGGGCAGGGGAAUGGGGAAAAACUAAGAACCAAGGUAUAUUAUGUAAAGGUACAAAUUUCCAAUGAUGAAUGUCAUUAUAUUGUAUACCUAAAAUGUAUCAAAAUUAAUUAAAUAAAAGAAUAUAGGAUUGCAUUUAAUAAUAGUAUAUUGUAUACACACAGAUACAUCUAUGUCUAUAUCUAGUGUAAAUAGAUUAAAGGGUUUAUUCAGUAUAUAUAACCAGGUAUGCCAGAGCUUACAUAUGGCUGAAUUAUUUAGACCCUCAAUAUUUUGCCAAAAUAAGAAAUGUAUCAAAUCUAUGAACCAUGUCUUUAGGAAAUUAGAAGAGGAAUUUGUUUUUAUUUUAUUUUUUUUGGUUUUUUGGUGUUUUUUUUGGUACCGGGGAUCAAACUCGAGUCCUUGAGUUUGCGCAGCAGGCGGUGAAACCACUGAGCUAAAUCCCCGGCCCAAGGAAUUCGCUUUUAAAUUUUGAAUCACAAACCAUUUUGAAUCUUACUCUCUUAAAGAAAGCAUCUUGUACAUAAAAAGCCAGACGAUGAGCUUUUCUUAUAUAUAUAUGCCUUAGUUAUAAAAUAGAAAAAAUAUGAUUUCUGAGAAAAAGGCAAAUAUCUAACCAUUUUUCCCAUGAAAUGCACUACAUAUUUACUAAUAUAGUACAUGAUUACUUAUUCUCAAACUACACCUUAAUAUGAGAGUAUUAGAAAUUAAGUCAGUAAAUUGUCUUUUUAUGCAUUCUGCUGUGGCAUCCUGCUUCAUUUAGUACAUAUCUCAAAAAAUUUCUCAGAGGGAUUAUUAUAAUCCUUCAAGAGACAAUUUAUAAAUUGUAGUAAGACUUUUUGUUUCUUUCUUUCCAAAAACUCCUCCACAAAAGCAAAUCAUUUCAGGAAUGGCACAGGAAUUGUGUGUGACCCUCUUAAAAUGGUGUUCUUUGAAAGAUUUGGGAAGUUGAAAGUCAAAAAAGGAAGCAUUAAAAUAUAGACAUAACUGGAAAUUAGAUGGACUACUUGAUAGAGUCCAUAUUUAAUAAUAGAUUUGAGCUCUACAAACUGUUUCCAUAAUUUUAUGUAUUUUCCCUUUGUGUUCCAUAUAUAUGUGUGUGUGUGUGUGUGUGCAUUUACAAUGGCAUUUUAAAUUUAGCAAGCCACCAUGGAUUAUUUAUAGCGUAAAAGCUUUUUUACAUUAAUAAAGCCACCAAUUUUUGUUGACGUUAAGUCCUUACUCAUAUACUCUCUCACCAUUCUUAAUUCUUAAUCCUCUUUCUGAGCCAGGUGGAAACUGCAUCUGGGUCUCGCUCUUUCCAAAUCUGUGAAGCAUAUUUUAAGGAGCCAACUGUGAAUUAUGGAAGCCAAAUUUGGAUCUGCUCUCCCACUAGAAAACUGUUUUGAAUUUGCUAUUGGUAAAGUAAAUUUUCCUCCCUGGCUCCUUUGUGUCUAUUUUAAAUAGACUGACCCCAGGAGUAGGAAGUGAUUCAUCUUGCUCAGAAGCUAGACAUAUAAGAGGAAACACCAAAAUCAAGAUAUCUUAGGGCUACUCUGUCCUGACUUGAGAAUCAAAUGGAAAGCUGAUUUCUUCCAUUGAUUCCAGGGCUGUACUGACCACCACCAGUUUGUGACAGGGAUAUGUGACAGGGCUGGUUAAGAUGAGCGGCUUCAGAAGAAUCCGCUUAGAUCUCUAACCAUGAUGGUCUCAGAUCCAAGUUCUCAACUAUCCUUAGGUAGCUUAUUUCUUCUCAGAUCUUUGAGCUGGAAGAUGUACACUUACUGGUAAUGUACCUUCUAAAACUUCCCUAAAAGUAUCCAGUGUUUCUACUCAGAGACUGAGUGGUAAAAUUAAGCAUUCUAUUGUUCAGUCCCCCAGAUCCUAAAGCACAAUCAGAAAUAGCCUAGGUAAUAAUAAUAACUAGUAAUCUGGAACCACUCUUCCCCUUCAUGCCUACUUGCAAGUUUCCUGUGAAAACAUUGGCUUCCUGUACCAAAACCAAACUGUGUGCUAUAUCACUCACUCUAGGUUUUGCAGCUCAUAUUGUAGCUGAAGGUAUGAAAAAUUAGAGUGUUUUACCCAAUUUUCAGUAUACCUUCCAAGCUCCAAUAACCAGGAUGCUUUUCAGUUAAAUCCUUAUCUAUACUUUGUAUUUAUUAGCUGAAAUGUAAGCAGACAUAUUCACUCAGUUUUCGUUUUCUUCCCUGAGUGUUUUAUUAAAACUUCUCUCCUGGUUAUCAGAUAUCUAUCAUACUUCCAACAUUAGCCAAUAAAUCAGUUUCAUUGCCAUCAAAGGAAGAAAAAUCUCACUGUACAAAUUAUAUUUCAAAACAAAUGCUAAUAAAUGCACAUUUCUGUAUGGUUCACUCAUCUGGAAUAAUGCCUUUCACUUAAUAUGUUCUUAGGGCAAAACAUUUUCAUAAGUAGAGUUUUUAUGUGUUUUUGUCAUAUUGUAACAUGCAACCUUUUCUUUUCAUAGUUUUUUCUAUAGCAAGUGUAAUGUCUCUUCAUGCAAAAUAAAUAUAUAUU